ACGACACUCUACCAAAUGUCAGAAAUGUAACAUCUCCAGAGCGACACUAAACUAUUUGACGGCUAUCUUUUAGUCUCAAGUUACAAAUAUCAGCUGUUUAAGAUGACUUAAACAUUGGUCCUUGUAAAGAAAAGUGGCCUGCAUCCCUAAUUUAGGCGACACUCUCCCAAAUGUCCUAAAUAUAACAUCUCCAGAGCGACACUAAACUAUUUGACAGCUAUCUUUUAGUCUCAAGUUUUCAAAUAUCAGAUGUUUAAGAUGACUUAAACACUGGUCCCUGUCAAGAAAAGUGGCCUGCAUCCCUAAUUUAGGCGACACUCUACCAAAUGUCAGAAAUGUAACAUCUCCAGAGCAACACUAAACUAUUUGACGGCUAUCUUUUAGUCUCAAGUUACAAAUAUCAGAUGUUUAAAAUGACUUAAACAUUGGUCCUUGUAAAGAAAAGUGGCCUGUGUCCGUAAUUUAGGCAACAUUUCACCAAAACCACAAAUGAAACAUCUCCAGAGUGACACUAAACUACUUAAUGACUAUCUUUUAGUCUGUAGUUAAAAAUAUCAGAUGUUUAAGAUGACUUAAACACUGGUCCCUGUCAAGAAAGUGGCCUGCGUCCCUAAUUUAGGCGACACUCUACCAAAUGUCAGAAAUGUAACAUUUUCAGAGUCACACUAAACAAUUUGAUGGCUAUCUUUAGUCUCAAGUUACAAAUAUCAGAUGUUUAAGAUGACUUGAACUUUACUGGUCCCAGUAAAGAAAGUGUCCUGUGUCCCUAAUUUAGGGGAAGUUUGUCCCGUGUGUUCAUGACUGGUCACUACUAUACUGUAUCCUGUUUAUGGACAGCAUUGUUUGGGCUUUAGAUUUGAAAGACUGUUGCAUUGUGGGGGUUUUUAGUGAGAGUCAGAAAGGGUCACAGAUGAAUAAAUAAAAAGUGGAAGAGUCGCCUUCUAACAGCAUGUCAGCUCAAACCAAACCACGACAUUCUUCCGUGUUUGGUUUGAUCUGCUCAUCAGCCAAAGUAACAAUCUGAUCAUGUUUAUAGUCCACGUGUGUGUUUAUUUUCAUCUUUAUUGUAGCCAAAACAAAUAUUAAUAAUUAGAAAUUUGAAGGUGCAUGUCGACAACAUACAACAUGAGGCUAAAAACAUACAGUACAUUUUACUGAUGUAUUUUUUUCAUUAACUUUUUUGUGACUUUUUAGUGUAAGCAAAACUUUAGAAAUUAUAUUUUUCAAAUGAAAUGUAUAUUGAAAAAUAAAAAUUAUUAAACAGAUGUGUGUUGCUGCUGCUGUAUUUUUUUUUAUUCUGAAUUGUAAAUUACUAGAUUUUUAAAAUUAUAAUAAGAUAAUUAAGGAUAAUAAUUUGACACAUAUUUACUUAUUUAUCUAUACAUAGACAAUAUAUUUAUAGAUAUGAAAUGCUGUUAGUACGUUCAGUCUGCUACCAUAUGCCACAAAAGAUACCUGGCGGGGGUCCAUAGGCCUAGGCAUUUGAAGAACGACACUUGACGAAGAAUGGUGAGUUUUAGAGGCUCCAUUUUGGUUAGUUUUUGCAGUCCUAUGGCUACCUCUCACCCGUAUGUACAGUAUGUGCAGUCUAAGCUAAUAAGGCUAAACUAAUAGCCGUUACAUUCAAAACACUGCAAAGGCGGUGCUUCAUGAUGAAUUAGAGUGCAGCCCCCUCUAGUGUUCAUUAUUUGGUAUUACAUAUGAGAGGCCAAAGCUUGAAGAGUCUCUCAUAUAUUCACCCUGGGCUGGUGGCCAGUAAUAGAAAGACGUUAGAACGCUCACACCCGGAAACAACACACAGAGCGCGGUGUCGCCGCCGCGCAGUGCUUCAGUGCACACGCCGCCAUCUUGUAUAGCACAACUUGGCAGCUCAGCACGCGCAGUGUUUCGGCGUAUAUAGGUAGUUUGCAGCCUCACAGUAGGGAAUUUUAAUGCCUUGUUGCGUCCAGAAUUUCAGAAACCAUCAGUAAAAACGUAGAAAGUCGCAAACGAACAAGGUUGUGCUACACAAGAUGGCGGACUCGCGGCGACAAAACGUACGGCUCAUGAGUUUUCUUCGUAAUGUAGUUCUGUGGGUGCAGUGAAUGCACCAUCAUUAUACUAGGCGCAUACAACUACUAGCAAAACAGCACGGACGUUUGUAUGCAAGCAGCAGCGAGGAAGUUUCCGGGGAAGAACCAAGCAGAUCAGGGACGCGAGAAGGAGCAGCGCUGCAAAGAAAAAACACAAUUUAGUCUGCAGAAGCUUCCUUAAACCUCCGCAAGCGCAUCUUCUUAAUAAGGCCGUGUGGACGAGGUGGGAAAAUCUCCAUGACGAUGAGCCCACACAAGUCCGCCAGCAUUUGGCCCCCGCCAUGCUCCCUGAAGAGCUUAGAGGUUUAAAAUGAACCAACAACUCUGGACCAACACGACGCCAACGCCGCCGUACGACAACUGGACAUUUUACAACACCUCCUGGGAGUACUUCCUCCCCAGGAACAACAUCACCUACGUGGGAUUUUACCUCCACCAGCCGUCCACGGCGGCCAUCUUCAUCGUGUCCUACCUGCUCAUCUUCCUGGUGUGCAUGGUGGGCAACGGCGUGGUGUGCUUCAUCGUGCUCCGGAGUAAAAACAUGCGCACUGUCACCAACUUGUUCAUCCUCAACCUGGCUGUGAGCGACCUCCUGGUUGGGAUUUUCUGCAUGCCCACCACGCUUCUUGACAACAUCAUCACAGGAUGGCCGUUUGGAAGCCUGGUGUGCAAAAUGAGCGGCAUGGUUCAAGGCAUCUCCGUGUCUGCGUCUGUCUUCACUCUGGUGGCGAUCGCAGUCGACAGAUUCCGAUGCAUCGUCUACCCAUUCAAGCAAAAGCUGACCAUAUCCACCGCCACCUUGAUAAUAGUCGUCAUUUGGGUCCUGGCCAUAUCCAUCAUGUGUCCAUCUGGCGUGAUGCUACAAGUGACCCAGGAGCAAACCAUUCAGGUGUUGCUGGGCUACGACAACAAAACAACUUCUUUUUACUGGUGCAGGGAGAACUGGCCCAACCAGGAUAUGCGGAAGAUCUACACCACUGUUUUGUUUGCCAACAUUUACCUGGCACCGCUGUCCCUCAUCGUCAUCAUGUACGCCCGCAUCGGCAUCACUCUCUUCAAGACGGCCAUGCCCACCGGGGGCAAGCCGGGUCACGACAAUCGCCACACUGUGUCCAAGAAGAAGCAGCGGGUGAUCAAGAUGCUCCUCAUAGUCGCUUUGCUCUUCAUCCUCUCCUGGCUGCCCCUGUGGACCCUCAUGAUGCUGAGCGACUACGCCCAGCUCACGGAGCAUCAGUACAGGAUCAUCAACAUCUACAUUUACCCCUUUGCCCACUGGCUGGCUUUCUUCAACAGCAGCGUCAAUCCCAUCAUCUACGGGUUCUUCAAUGAGAACUUCCGGCGAGGAUUUCAGGUGGUGUUCAAGUUCAGCCUGUGCACAGCCGAUGGCCAGCGGAGGAAGACCUACUCACACAGGCUGCAGACCAACUCCGUGCUGCCGGCGAACAACGUACAGACUUCCCUGGAGCCUAUUUCUCUGAACAGCCUGGAGAAAACCAGCUCCAGGCGAAUCCACCAUGUCACAGAGCAGGACUUGGUCAUGGAGGACCUGGAAAGGGGGUCUUGCAGCAGUGGUGGGGUGACAGCUGUGUCUAUUUGAACCAGACACAGUCCUCGAGGUUUUGGUUUUGAGGUUUCCAGUCCUCCAACCUCCUGAGUGCCAUUUUUCUUUGCUCGCAAAAACAGGACGCUACCUCCCCUGAAAUGCGAUUUGAGCCGAAAACGGACAUCGGUUGCCACAUUCAGAAUAUAUGAGGGGCAUCAAAUCAAAUUGAUUCAGGUUUCACGUCCUUAUAGCACAAACAAUCAGGUUGCUAAGUGACUACAGUAGAACCCAUUUAAGUCUGUCCUGUUUAUGUAUGUCGACAACAUGUACUGUAUGGUCCACCGUGUUCUUAUUAAUAAAACAUGGCUGCUUAAGCGGACAUCGACAUACAUAUCGACAUAAAAGUAUUCAGUUUCCGUCAACAUGUGCCGUAGUUUUGUUACCUUCAUCCUUACCACUUGGCGACAAAAGCAACAUAACUACUGUCUCUCAUGCUAAUACAAUGUACGUACAGUGCCUUUCUGUUCAGUGCAAAGUAAGCUUCAAAAUGAAUGCAUGCCAGUAGUAACCCGGAUUUUACCACAGCAGCUAACAAAAUGCAUCAUUUGAUCAUUUUCUAUCCGAGGGAUGUGGACAUUAAUGGGUUCCAUUGUAGUACUGACCAAAAACCACAGAAUAUGUACAAAUGUAUAAAGAUGCAUCAGACAUGGGCAAAGCUUGCAAAGCAGAUUACAGUUGCUCUAGUAUGGUGGUAAAGUACUACGGCCACAUUAAAAAAACGAGAAAAUUCUCGUAGAUUUAUGAGAAAAAAAUGUAAAUUUAUGACAAUAAGGUAAUGAAUUCAAAAGAAAAAAAAGUUGGACUAUUAUGUAAAUAAAGUCGUCAAUUCUUGAGAAUAAAGUUGUAAAUUUAGAAGAAAAAAAAGUCAAAAUAUUACAAAAUGAAAGUUGUGCAUUUACAAUAAUAAAGUGGUACUAUUCUGGUAAAAUAGAGCAUAGCGCUUCAGGAAGAAAGGAAACUUUUAUUUAUAAUGUGGCAGCAAAACAGAGCAGUUGAGCACAAGCCUCAAUUAGCAAGGCUACCCCCCCCCCCUUCAUCACUGUUGGAGGCAAUUUUUUCUCUUCUAAAUUUGCGACUUUAUUACUCUAUUACUCCAAAUUUGAAUACUGUUGCAACAGGUAUUGCAUGAAGCAUGUGGCCGUUGUACUUGAGCAAAGCUAAAGUAAUGACUUUUUUUCUCAAAAAUUUACCACUGUAUUUUCAUAAAUUUUCAUAAAUGUAAAAUGAUUAUGAUAAAUGUACAACUUUUUGUUCUCAACGUGGCCCUAAUUCUCCCUUGUACUUUAGAAUUAGUCGCUCGCUAAUGAGCCAAUGUCCAUGAAACUUGACAGAGGUGUGGCGUGGUACUUUUGGCGUGGAUCCGGAUAAAGGAAUUUAGUUUCACCUUAACGAUGGAUUGUAAAUGGUACCCCCUUAUAUUUGUGUCUUAUGUUAUUGUCUUAUCUAACAAGACGUAAGCAGCCUACACGGCUAAACCAACAAUAAGAAGAUGAGCCAUGAUUUGUACAUACAGCAACUGGGCGUCCAUAUUUUUAGUCCAUGCUAGAUUUUCACGUUUGCGCUCCACUCAGAGCUCCGACGUCACAAUUUGGUGACUAAUUAAGGCUGUUUUGUGCAUUUGAGAAGAACAAAAGACGCUCCGCUCUCAUACGGUAUCAUCUUCUUGCAAACGCAUCACAAAUUCCUUAUCAUUGGUGCCAAGUACGGGAGAUUUAAAGCGGUGUAAAAAGGCUAAAAUGGAUCAUCCGUGAUACGAGCUUAUAUAUACACGAGUACUGUAGUUUUGGCAAAGCAGCCAGGACACCUCUCGCUCUGUCAUGGGAGCGUGUGCUGCAUAAAAACAAGCAUAAAAAAGCCGUCUGAGCCAUCACAUGCAUAAUAUUCUUUCACUCUUAAGUCUGCAUUGCAAACAGGCGACCAUAAAGUGGGAGGCUUACACUAGGUGUUGUUUAUUCAUGAAUAUACCAUUAGCCUCUUAUGAAUGUUCCAAUGUGAAUCCUACACGUUUUGUCUCAUUUCCAUAAAUGGAUUCAUGCACAGAAGCGUUGAUUUGUUUUUCAAAGGGGGACGGAGACAGGAGGGCCCAGCAAAGGAGCCUCCAGAGACGUACAUCAUGAUUAAUAUUCGUGAUGCUUUCAUUCUACGUGGUUAUGUCCGAGCCAUUAGUGAACUGAACAAAGUAAAAAUGGAACAAAGUAUUUUGGAGGUUCCCGAGGUGACGUUUUGGUUAUUUAAGGCAGAUAUUGUUUAAUAAGAAGAUGCAGCACAAGAGCUGUGGCACAAAUUCUGCCUUUUACACGUUUUUGUAGCCAAGCAUAUCCCUGGAGAGUCUGGUUUCUAAAUAAAGUCAUAAACUCAUGGAAAAAAUAUUCAAGAAUAAAAGAUGACGCCGGUUUCUCAGGACCAGUUUUGGAAAAAUAUUUAAAAAAGGCUAAAAAAAAUGCAAGCAUUUUGAUUCAGGGUUCAGGUUAGGAUCUGGUUUCGGUUCCAAUUAGGGUUUUGGUUGGGUUUCAGGUUAGUCUUUGUGUUAGUGUUAGGUUUCAGGUUAGUCUUUGAUUAGGUUUCAGGUUAGGGUUUGUAUUAGUGUUAGGUUUCAGGUUAGUCUUUGUGUUAGGAUUAGGUUUCAGGUUAGGGUUUGGUUUAGGAUUAGGUUUCAGGUUAGUCUUUGUGUUAGGGUUAGGGUUUGGUUUAUGAUUAGGUUUCAGGUUAGGGUUUGUGUUAGGGUUUGGUUUCACGUUAGAUUUUGGUUCAUGUUGGGGUUUGGUUUAGGGUUAGUUUUCAAGUAAGGUUUUGUGUUACCAUUUAGGUUAGGUUGCAGGUUUGGGUUAUGAUUAGUGUUUGAUUUUGGGCUCGGGUUUUUUAGGGUUAGGAUUAAGGAUGGGUUUGGUUUAGGCUAAGGGUUAGGAUAGGGAUGUCCAAUGUGCGGCCCCGCUUGUUUUUUAUUGGCCAGUGGCACAUUGUAGAAAUAGAACUCAAACCAAAAUAGGAAAAAUAGAGGAAAAAGACAAAAUAAAGAAAGAGAAAUGACAAUACUACAAAUAAUAAUAAUAAUAAAAUAGCCGCAUCUUUAGAAGUUUAUUUUUUAGCCUUUUUACAAAAUGUAAAAAAUACAUAAAAACAUCAGGAUUCAGGAUGUGGCACUCAGUGGGAAAAGUUUGGACGUCCCUUAGUUAGACUUCUGACCCAGGAAUAUAAUAAAUGAUUGAGUUUGGAUUUGGUUUAAGGUCAUGUUUAAGGUUAAAUGGUGGGAGUGACCAGAAGAAAAGCUCUGACUUACUUGGUUAGAAGUCACUUGGCGCCCAUUGGUUUUCAUGUAGUAUCUCUAGGCAGACCCUGAAUAUAAGACAAUAUGUUUUUUUGUAGUCUUAUAUUCGGGUCAACGCGAGUAUGAAUGAAUUAUGUUCAAAACAUCUUCAAGAGAAGACAGGAAGUACUGAGUUGACUAAUUGGGUGAAGGAUGUGGGCGGCAGUGGUGUCAUCCUGCCGUGAGCAGCAUCAAUAACGCUACGGAUGUUACGCUUCUUUACAACAGUGAGACUUAGCAAUAGCAACUUGGCAUUCAUGGCUACUAGGAAGUAGCUGUCUGGUAGAAGUCCACCAAUAUAGGCGACCUCCAACGUGGUGCCACAUAUCACUGUGAGCACAGUCCACCAUCAUCCAACAUCAUCCUCCACACAAAUGGUUCCUGGCUAUCUUUAUGAGUCCACUUUUGAAUGUAGUCCAUUUCUGUGCCUGUGAUGGAAGAAAACACAAGAAAAGAAAAGGAAAAAAAGUGGGGUUUUUUCGGUGUCGUAAACGUGCGUGUGGAUGAAACGUGUAACUCUAAAGACUCCUUGUACCGUGUAGCGUUUGCACGUGGAUAUCCUUGUAGCAUGUGUGCUCGUCAACAUCCACUCUGUGAUUUAGCGUCAAAUCUUUUUACCUGUGAAGACUCCAGGACACGGUUGGGUUUUUUAAAUGCUGUUUUUUUUAAUGAAAGGAAUGAAGUUUAAGCGUGUCCUAUUAAUUUGUGAAGGGCUACUCAUCACAUGAUCUCUUAUUAUGAUUACCUCUUUGAUUGUCCUCAAUGAGGAGCUCCAGCUCCCCUUGACGCUUACUUUUCACUUUGGCCUGAUGGUAAUUUGUUCUGCCUGAGGGUUCAGAAGACUUCAAAUGUGCCUCUGGUGGGGAAAAAAGGAAAUGGAACGUUCUUUGUUCUACACACACGUUAUCGAAACAGCCUGACCUCACAAAAUGUAAGCGCCAAACUCACAAAUUCCUCCUAGGAGUUGUCUUCAAUGCUGAAGGAUCAUAAAAUAUGAAAAAUAAAAAAAAAAACAAGUACAAAAUGAACAGAAAGGACAAUAUUAUAGAGAGGAUAAUAUUAUAAUAUUAUAUUAUAAUAUUUAAUUACCACAUUAUGUCACAUUUCCUUACAUUUAUUUUUUGCGUAAUCAAAAAAUUACCUCAAAUGUGUUAAAGUUAAAAUAUGUACAAUGAUUAUUUAUUAUGAAUGAAUAUUUUGUGACAAUAUUGUUAAAUUAUUUUAGAAUUUUAAAAUUAUGUCAUUGUUAUUUUUUCAUUAUACAUAUAAAUCAAGUAAAGUUUGUUGUAUAUUUUUGAAAUAAUACAAUCUUAGCUAUAUUUGAACAUGAAAUCAUGUUAUAUAUUUGAAUAAUACAAACCGUCACCACCGUACAUGUGUGUAUAACAUUCAUACUAGAAAAGGCAGGAGAAAACACGAUAUCAACGUCGGUGAAGUCAUUUUUAGCUGUUCAAGGAACAGAAAAAUAGACGAAAACGGCAUAUGUAAAUGCCUUUAGCUAGCGACUGAAAGGAACGCCAGUGGAAUCACACUACAAGAAUUAGUGAAGUACUUUUUGGGUACAAAUACUGGCAAAAACAGGAUAGACAGGAAAACUACUUUUUGCAUUACACUAGGACUACAAAACACAUACGGAAAUCAGUGAAGUACUUUACGAGAUUUGCUGCUAACAUAAAUAUUUCCUUAAAAUUCAAUGGAAUACUAAUCGGUAAAGUACUUUUUGUGGUUCCUGGUAAAAAUGUUUAGGAUGAAGUAUAAAUAUAUAUUUUUGGAUUUCCGAGUACAGUACAAAGAAAAAUAGGUGAACAAUGUACAUGAAAACUCUAUAAACGUUAUGAGAUUUCCAAUAAAGUAUAGGCAAUAUAAGAAGUAUAGUAUGGACAAAUUGAUGAAAUUUGAUGAAAAGACAACUCAUGAAAAAUGAGGAGGAAGUUGGAAGUGAGAUGUCGUGCAUGUAAAUAGACGCCGGGGCACUGCCAGCACUUUUCAUGACAUAACAGACUGAUGCCUUGAACUGCUAAACCUGAAAAUGUCUCUAUUCAUUUGCUGUUCCCCAUUGUGUGUCCGACCAAAGUGUGUGUGGACCGUGAUGUGGAAUUACAGUAGAUCCCCGUUUUCAUCUCUGGAGUUCCGUUCCAAAGUUCCCAAUGAACUGCAAGAGCCUGCCAGUUAUUGAUACACUAAUACGGCUCACUCCACCCCCCCUGCUAGCUUGAUGUUGAUGUUCUAAAUUUUGGAGUUCCAACGUUGGAUCAGCAUUUGCAACAAAAGAGAUUUGAUUCAGUACCAUCCCCGUCACUGUUCAGUCUCACUUUACAAUAAGGUUCACAAAUACAGUAAUUACUGAGGAACUGAGUAGAGUAGUUACUGAGGAAUUAUGGCACAAUGUUUAGAGUAGUUACUGUGAAACUCAUGCGGGAAUAAUCAGUAGAGUAGUUAUUGAGAAACUAAGGCACUUACAUUUAGAGUAUUUUGUGGGGAACUCCUGCAGAACUAAUGAGGAGAGUGGUUACUGAGGAACUAAGGCACAUCAAUUUACAGUAGUUACUGAUGAACUAGUGAGGAAAUAAUGAGUAGCGUAAAUACUGUGGAACUAAGGCACUUACAUUUAGAUCCGUUUCUGAAGAACUAAUGAAUAGCUAAUGAGGAAGACACAUACAUUGAGAGUAGUUACUGAGGAACUCAUGAGUAGAGUAGUUACUGAGGAACUAAGGAACUUACAUUGAGAGUAGCUACUGAGGAACUCAAUAGUAGAGUAGUUACUGAGGAACUCAUGAGGGAAUAAUGAGUAGAGUAGUUACUGAUGAACUAAGGCACUUACAUUUAGAGUAUUUUGUGAGGAACUCCUGCAGAACUAAUGAGGAGAGUGGUUACUGAGGACAUAAGGCACAUCAAUUUACAGUAGUUACUGAUGAACUAGUGAGGAAAUAAUUAGUAAAGUAGUUACUGAUGAACAAAGGUACCUAUAUUUAGAGUAGUUGAGGAACUCACAGGGGAAUAAUGAGUAGCGUAAAUACUGCGGAACUAAGGCACUUACAUUUAAAUCCGUUUCUGAAGAACUAAUGAAUACCUAAUGAGGAAGACACAUACAUUGAGAGUAGCUACUGAGGAACUCAUUAGUAAAGUAGUUACUGAGGAACUAAGGCACUUACAUUGAGAGUAGUUACUGAGGAACUCAUUAGUAGAGUAGUUACUGAAGAACUAAGGCACUUACAUUUAGAGUAGUUACUGAGGAACUCAUGAAGAGCGAAUGAGGAAGGCACAUACAUUUAGAGUAGUAACUGAGGGACUCGUGAGUAGAGUUGUUACUGAGGAACUAAGGCACAUCUAUUUAGAGUAGUUCUUGAGGAACUCCUGAGGAAGUAAUGAGGAACCUAUGAGUAGUGGUUAGGAUUAGGUAGGUUCCUUCCUCAUUAACUACAGUAUUUUGUGUACUUUAUUGUAAAGUGUCACUCUCUUCAAUUGCCGUUGUUGACCAGAGAGGAAGCUAACAAGCUAGAUGUACAAUCCAGGUUUCGGCCUCACACCCUUGAACCAAAUGCUAAAAUGUGAAGGAACUCUCCAUGACCAACAGGAACAGAUGGAUUCAGUCACAGCGCACAUGUGUGGUGCGUUCACGGACCACCCAACAAAGUGUGAGAUCUCAGUGCUUGAUGAAAAAAUGUGAUCAGUGAAACAUUGUCGGCUAUUUAACAAUAGUUUGUGUAUGCUGUAAUUUGACCCAAACUAUUCUGCCGACAAAAGCGACCUAUAAAUAAAAAAUGUAUAUAUUUUUGACCAAGAAUUUGCAAAUGUUGAAUCAUAAAUGUGUGGGGGUCCACUGUGAAAUUGUCAUCUCCCAUCUGCCUGCCAAGGGUUGCCUCCCACUGGACAUCAUCUACGACGAUUCUACUCAUGUGUUGUUGUUUUUUUAAAGUGACGUAAACAGUAUUGAACAGCAGCUGUGUCUAGUUCAUGUUUGUGAGUCAUUUUUGCGUUUGCUCAGACUGUGAAAGGAUGCUCACGGGCACCUUCGACUUCUCUGUAAUAAAAAAAUAAA